UCAUUUUAUAACCGAGACCUCAAUUAUGUCGUAAGAGUCCUACAUGAUGACCUGAACAAGGGCAGAUGCACAUUGCUUAUCAAAAAAAAAAAAAAAAAGGCAGAUGCACAUUGAGCCCUAUUUUUUAUUUUUUUAUCUACUGAAAAAGAAAGACACCUCCUUCUCUCUCUCUAGCUGAAGGAGCAGCGGCGGCACCUCCUUCUCUGCUGUGCGACCACAACUGUUUUACACCGGGAGGAGCUGAAUCGCAUCAAAAUCUUCUCUUAUCCCAAAGUUUUCUUUUCAAUUUCGGAAAAUUCCAUUUAGCGUUCAUCCAGAAUGGCGAGAUGGGAUGCUAUCCUAUCUCUUCCGGUACAAAAUCCUCCCACCUUGGAAAUUUCUUCUGAUGAACUAGUUUGGUCAAAAGUCGAAGGUUGGCAUCAUAAAUUAGAUACAGUUGCUCUAAUCCCCUUUGCCAGAGUUGACGAUUUUGUCAGGGGUCAAUCUAAUAAUAAAGAAUGUCCUACAAGAUUUUAUGUUAGAACAAGGCGUCGGCAUCGCCCUCCAUCAACACCUUUAAAGCAAAAGGUUGAUGGCACACUAGAUUAUAUUUUGUAUUGGUGUUCCUUUGGUCCAGAUGAUCCUAGAAAAGGUGGAGUUGUACCACCAAAGAAGAAAAAUGCUGGUCGACCAAAUACCAAGAGAGGUUGCACCUGUCACUUCAUUGUGAAACGCCUCAUAGCCAAACCUUCGGUUGCACUGAUCACAUAUAACAAUGAUAAGCAUGUGGAUGAAAAAGGUUUGCCGUGCCACGGCCCACAGGAUAAUAAGGCUGCUGGAACACCUGCUGAGUUUGCCCCAUAUAUUUCAGAAGAUCUCCGACUUCGGGUUUUAUCUCUUCUAUACGUCGGAGUGUCAGUGGAGACCAUUAUGGACAGGCACAAUGAAUCAGUUAAGAAACAAGGUGGUCCACGUAACCGCGAUGACCUCUUGACUCACCGUUAUGUUCGACGACAAGAGAGGGCAAUCCGUCGUUCUACAUAUGAGCUAGAUACUGAUGAUUCUGUUAGUAUCUGCAUGUGGGUUGAAAGCCACCAGAGUAAUGUUUUCUUCUAUGAAGAUUUCUCUGAUUCGGAUCCAUUCAUUCUGGGCAUUCAAACUGAGUGGCAAUUGCAACAAAUGAUAAGGUUUGGGAACCGUGGUUUGGUUGCAUCUGAUUCAAGAUUUGGUACAAAUAAAUUAAAGUACCCUGUUCAUAGUCUUCUAGUAUUCAACUCAGACAAGAAGGCCAUUCCUGUGGCUUGGAUAAUAACACCAAAGUUUUCAUGUUUGGAGGCGCAUCGAUGGAUGAGGGCUCUGUAUAAUAGAGUUUGCACAAAAGAUCCUACAUGGAAGUUGGCUGGCUUUGUAGUAGACGAUCCACAGUAUGAUGUCCUAGCAAUCAGGGAUGUGUUUCAGUGCUCAGUAUUAAUAAGUUUCUGGCGGGUUCGACAUUCAUGGCAUAAAAACAUAACAAAGUGUUUGGAAACUGGUAUUCAAAUAAAGAUAUCAAGACGGCUUGGAUGGAUAAUGGAUAAAAUUUCUCGCAGUCAGGGAACCAUGUCACUCUUUGAAGAUUUUGUGGAGGACUUCAUUGAUGAAUCCAAUUUUAUGGACUAUUUCAAGGCCACUUGGUAUCCUAGAAUGGGAGCAUGGGUUGAUGCACUUAGAACUCUUCCGAUUUCUAGCCAGGAAUCUUGUGCAGCAAUUGAGUUGUACCACAACCAACUGAAGAUCAGGUUGUUGAAUGAGAAAGACAUUAAUGUCCAGCGUGCUGAUUGGCUGGUUGACAAGCUAGUUACAAAAGUCCAUUCUUAUUUUUGGCUUGAUGAAUGCUCAGAUAAAGAUGAUUUUGCACGAUAUUGGAAAAACGAAUGGAUGAGUGGUUUGACAUCAUGGCGCAAAGCACUGAAGAUUCCAGAUACCAAUGUCUUGAUGGAAGAUGGGUGUGCUAAGGUGGAUGACGAAGAUGAGCAAGAUAAAGCUUAUAUUGUAUCGAACCCUGGUUCAAUGUUGAGCAUCUGUGAUUGUUGUUGGGCAAAAGAUGGCAACCUUUGUGAGCAUAUCUUGAAAGUUCUUAGUAUCUGCCGAAGUAGAGGGUUUGUUCUAUCGUCUAUCAGCUUAUUGCAGUAUCGCCAGGCGCUAAAUACCAUGCUGCAUUGCCCACCUUUUGAUUCUUUACUUCGCGAUCAUGCCGUGUCAUUGGCAGUUUCAGUACAGAAACAGUUAAAUACGCUACUCGAUAAAGAAAGUAUCCAGACUGCUGUGGAACCUAAUGAGAAACGGAUUGUUAUAGAUAUCCAUCAGGAGAGCUCCAGGGUAGUUUCAGCUACCCAAGAUCAAGCCUUAGUUUGUGAGAGGCAUGCCGUCGAUGAUAUUUUAUCUCGGGAUGGUGAUGGGGCUGCUGUGUGUGGAACGAGUAAUAUCACUGGUCAGAGUAUGGAUCAUGGCAAUACUAGAAAUGAAAAACCGUCCGAGAUUGCUGGAGAGGAAAGUUUUCAUGCCGACAUGGACGUUGACCCAUCAUCGAUUUGUGUUCCCUCUUCUGGAUUGUAUUCUAUUGAUGAGAUUGCUGACGGGGCAUUGUGAAAUUCAUAAUGGUGUCAAUGGUGCUUUCAAAGUUAUGUCUUUCAUGAAGGAUGCUGAUAGACACUACUUGAGCUCCCCUUCAACAUCCAUGACAGUUGAGCAAGUUGCAAUUGUCAUGGUUGAAAAUGCAGGAACAAUCAAGGAGGUUGUGAACUUUGGAUCAGAUACAUAGAUGAUUUUGAGUGUCAAUCUCUAUUGACACUCAAUCAUUAAUUCCUUUAUAAUCUACUACCCUCAAUCAUUAUUAUAUGUCUAAUUCUAAAUAUAAUUUUGGUAUGUUGAGGUUAUUAGAGGCUACAUGAAGCUGUUGGUGCACUCAAACAUUAUCAUAACAAUAGUUGAAUUGGAUGUUACCUUCAGAUUCUUCCUUGUUUACAAAAUUACAAAUGGGUAAUGUGAAAUAAAAAAAAAAAAAAAAAAAAAAAGUGUAUUCAAUUCUUUUUAUGGAGUAGCGAUUUUUUUUAGCUGAUUAGAUAAAUGUACCUUAUUCCAUUGUAAAUAUAUGGGCCUCAUUUCAUUCGGAUGCAGAAUUAUUAUUUGAGUAUUCAGUCAAUUUAGUCCCUAAACUAUCACUCUUUCACCAACUUAGUCCUUAAACUAUUAAAAACAACUAAAAGGUCCCUAAUCUAUUUUUUAAUUCGUCAAUUUAGUCAUCGGUUAACUUGUCUAUAAAACCCUAAAAUAUUAUCACCCUUUCUUCUUCCACGUGCUUCGACGAAAACAACCACCUUCCUCGGAUAGUUUGUUAAAGUGAGUGUUCUUAAAAUUACUCAUCCAGUAAAUACACAACUCGGAUGGUUAAAGGUUGUUGGACAUUUGAUAUGUUGUGUCGUGGGUCUGAAACCACAAAUUUCUACUUAGUACUUUUUGUGAGUUUUGCCUGAAUGUAAAAUAAAAGUUAUUUAAUUUAGUUAUGGUCUGAUGUCCAAAUUCGAAGCCAAUCAGCUUGAUAAUGGCGAUAUUAUAUGGUGUCAAAUGUCUCCGAAAGAUGGAAAUGACGAACAAUUUCUUGAU